ACCUUUCAAUGGUUGCCAAACCACCAAUACACUUCACAAGAAGAAGAGGAACGUCGCGAGAAAAGAAAGAAGCGUGUUUGUGUUUCUCUGAGACAAUAUGAAAAAAUGCCAGUUUGCUGGCUUGUUAGUGAAGAACGUAGUCAUAAACCGAUCCACCUGCCUCACCUACAGCCAGUUGUCCUGGGCCGAGGUCCAGAAACGACUAUUAAAGACAAAAAAUGCUCUCGGCAGCAAGUUCAGUUGAAAGCAGAAUGCAACAAAGGUUAUGUCAAAGUUAAACAGCUGGGCUUGAACCCUUCCUCUGUGGACUCUGUGGUGGUGGGUAAAGGCAGCGAGGUCAAAAUGAAACCUGGACAGAAGCUCCAUAUUGUCAAUCAGCUCUACCCAUACACUAUACAGUUCAAAGAGGAUUCUAGUGGCCAUCACAGUGGCACCAAAAGAUCAAGAGAGCUGGGCUCAGAGGACAGAGAGAGCCAGAGAGAAUGUCCAAGUGUGAAAGCAGUUAAACAGGAAGGAAGUGUCUCUUCAGACAGCCAUGAAGAUGUCACAUCAACUACUGCACCAGCUGGACAUUGGAGUCAAGGUCUGAAGGCAUCAAUGCAAGAUCCAAAGAUGCAGGUGUACAAGGAUGAGAAAGUGGUAGUAAUCAAAGAUAAAUAUCCCAAAGCUCACUACCACUGGCUCGUCCUCCCUUGGAAGUCCAUUUCCAGUCUGAAGGACUUGUGUGAGGAGCACUGUGAUCUGCUAAAGCACAUGCAGCAUGUUGCUGAUCAGAUGGUUCAGCAGUGCCCAGAUGCUGGCUCAGUUCGCUUCCGUACAGGAUACCAUGCCAUCCCCAGUAUGAGUCAUAUACACCUUCACGUCAUCAGCCAGGACUUUGACUCUCCAUGCCUGAAGAAUAAAAAGCACUGGAACUCCUUCACGACUGACUAUUUCAUUGACUCUAAGGAUGUCCUUGAGAUGCUUGAAACAAGUGGGCGGGUCAGUGUUAAAGAAGGUGCCAGUGAGAUGCUGAAGCUUCAACUUCGCUGUCAUGUGUGUCGCAAAGAAUUUCCGACUAUGCCUGGACUGAAGGAACACCUCAAGUCUCACCUUCCAAAAUAACUUGAACUCAGAUAGACUGCACUA